AUGCCCUCGACGUCUCCAUCAUCAGGUCCUUCUCCCCCCGGACCCAAGACAGGCCACCCUGGACCUCCUCGGAAGCGAAAUGUCACGUCCCGAGACCGGAAUGGAUGCAUCACGUGUCGAUAUAUCGUCAAUCGGAUUGCUUUCUGCGACGAGACCUUCUUAACCACGCAGAAAGCCCAAGGCAGGGUUCCCAAGAGGGCCCGAGGACGGGCUGUGAAGAGAGUGGUGGUUGACGCAAGCCCAAACACAACCCGCAAUGAAGCCGUAAUUGACAGCUCUCUUGUUGGGUUUGAAGAUGCGCAAGACGAUACCACGGCUUUUGCAGGCAACGCUUUAGCCCCUGUUUCCGAGGCAGGAGAUUGGAUGCUACAGGAAUGGGCGCUCUCUCUUUGGCCUCAGGAUGGCGAAGCACACCUCAAUGACGAUGCCUCACCCUCCUCUUUACUGGAACUGAACCCGCAAUUUUCACUUGCAUCAGGGAAUGAAAGCCAGUCUCAAUUCUUCUGCUCUCCCUACGACGGAGAGUAUAUGGAACGGCUUCGAAGUGAUGGAAUUGACGGCUUGACAACUAUCCUUCCGAUAAAAGAUAUAAUCAUUGACCAUUCCGUCAUGGCAUCGCACUGCUGGAGUGCGGCGCUCGCUGUCUCAGCCCUUACCUCGUCGAAAAAAGGGUUCAUCUCCACUCAGGAUUCUAGACAACAUGCAAUCCAGCACUACAGGAAUGCUGUACAAUGCGUUCGAAAAUCAUAUCCUAAAGAAUCCCCGGGGGCUUUCCAAAACGUCAGCUCCGAUGAUCUACUUAGUUGGUUUCUGACCCGCCUGUUGCUAGCCAACUUCGACUUGUGUCGCGGAAACCUCUCUUCCUGGCGCCACCACCUUCGAAUAGCAGGAAGAAUCUUCAGUUCGUGGCAUCAAAGGAUCCUCGUUGACUCCCGCGGCCGCCAACUUGCUCACGCUUUUGCGCGCAUGGCGCUGCUCGUGGAGCUCCAAAACGGCGACUUGGCACUGACUCGAGUGCACGACAUGAACCCUGGAGUAGCAAGCCAGCUCAUAUCAAUGAUGGAAGAAUCAGAGUCUUCUCGUGACCGACUGCUUGCGAUGAUCAGGAACGUGAGCAAGCUGGAGAUUAAGUUCCGCUAUCGGCCCGAGUUACACGAUAAAUGGACGCGCAAAAUGGAACUCAUCGACGCGAAACUGACAGAGUGGCAACAGAAUUUGCCAGCCUCGGAGCUGCCUGUCGACACAGGUGUUGCAGACGCCGUCAAGUUUCCCGUUGAUCUGGGAUCAUCCAUGCCCUCGCUCGCCGUUACGCCCUUGACGUUUCCAAACUCCUCCAACCCAUAUACAUCCGCCGUGAAUUAUGCUCACUUCCUCUGCGCUCGCAUGCGUGUUCGAACUCGAUACCUUCCAAAUGGCGGCAAGAUCACUCCCCUAGAGACUGAAUCUACAGUCUUGUACACCUGUCGGAUAGCGGCUGGCCUUUCUCCAGGUGGGUGUGCGCGGGCGAAUGCUUUCGGUCAUGGCAUGAUGCCUGCACUGGUCGGCUCAUAUCGUUGGAGCAGUAAUGCGCAGGCUCGUCAGUGGAUCACAUCUUGGCUUCAGGGGUACGAAGAAGAGGGUGGCCGCGAAGGUCUCUGGAAUGUGCUGCAGACUAGGAGAUUGCUGUCAUUUCUGGACGAUGAGGCGCGUCGUCGGGCGUCUAUCUCGGGAUGCUGGGAUAUUAUCGCUGCCAGGAUUGAGGAUGAGGAUGACUCAAGUGAUAGAGACUCUAUGGUUUCGGAUGGAUCUGUCACAGAUGCAUCUUUUCCCAUCCAAGACGAUUUGGACUGGGUUGUCGUUCAUUCCCGAUCACCGGAUGGCUGGGCAACUGACCACUACGUUGUUUCAUGA